GCUCGAAACAGACAGUACUGCUGCUGCCAUCUAUGUCAGUAAAAUUUCUCUUCUACCUGGUCCUUUUGCUUCUGCUGGAGCAAACUUGUGCUUAGCCGGUAUUUAAUUAAAAUUUAGUUGCAUAUCUCCAAAUUUCUUCUCAUCUUCACAAACUAAAAAUGGCUCCUCCUACCUACGGUGACUUGGGAAAGAAUGCCCGAGAUGUCUUUGGCAAGGGCUACCACUUCGGUCUGUGGAAGUUGGAUGUCAAGACCAAGACAUCGACUGGAGUAGAGUUCUCCACUGGAGGUGUUUCUAACCAAGAGACUGGAAAGGUUUUCGGAACCCUGGAGACAAAAUACAAAUUUAAGGAAUAUGGUGUAACAUUCGCUGAGAAAUGGAACACUGACAAUGUCCUAGUUACUGAAGUUACCGCCCAAGACUUCUUGAAGGGACUUAAAGUCUCGUUGGACACAUCAUUCAAGCCCCAGACUGGGGACAAGUCUAUAAAGGCUAAAACAGAAUACAAAAACCAGACUGUCGCGGCCAACGCUGACUUGGACUUUAAGACUGGAGCUCCUCUUGUCAAUGCCUCCUUAGUAUUUGGCUACGAAGGUUGGCUGGCUGGUGUCUCUUCCAAGUUUGACUCCCAGAAAGCCAAACUCGUUGGAAACAGCUUUUCUCUCGGCUAUGCUGCCGGAAACAUGGUCUUCCACAGCUCUGUGGACAACGGCAAUGACUUCAACGGGUCCAUCUACCACAAGGUGAACUCCAACUUUGAGACAGGAGUGACUCUAGGCUGGUCUGCGGCCAACAAUGACACUCGCAUGGCCGUCGGCUGCAAGUACAACCUUGACGGUGACACAGCCGUGCGCGCCAAGGUCAACAAGAACCUUCACAUCGGACUGUCUUAUCAGCAGAAGUUGAGAGAGGGUGUGACAAUCGCUCUUUCUACUCUGGUUGACGGUAAGAACUUCCACGAAGGAGGCCACAAGGUGGGCUUCAGUCUUGAGCUCGAGGCCUAAACAGCCCAUCUCUCCGAGGUUUGAAGAAAGAACUAGAUGCUCACUCGUUCGUUCUCGAUUCCAAAACCAAAAAGAAAAAUCCACGUUAGGAAAGUGUUGGUGAUAAAGAGACUGCAUGUCGAUAUUCCAAAAUCGUAGCAUUUGAGUUGUACACCGAUGUAGCGGGUGUAAAUUUUGAUUGACGGCUUGUAAGACACUGCUUCAACAUUCUCAUCUGUUUAGUAAUGUAAUUAUCUUUCUUCAAUCUUCACCAUAUAGUCAACGUUGACAAUAUUAAUUUAAAUAUUGACAACAAUUUGUAUAACUAUUAACUAUCGAAAUUUGCUGUUUAAAAAAAAUCGAGAUUAUUGUAAAUAUUGUAAUGAAUUGUUGUUGGAGGAAACAGCUAUUAUAAUCUGUAGUUGGAAGUAGGGCUGUUCUGUGUUUGUUUUAUUCCCAUCCUCUCGUCUAUCUAUACAUAAUAUUUUGUUUUUGUUUUAAUGUUAUUUUCAGUGACUCCUUACUUUCUUAUUAUGUUAUAAGACUUAUAAGUAUUCACUCAGCCUCAAUAUAUUAUCGUGUUGUUGGGUUUAUGUAAUACUAGUCAUUUUGAAAUUCUCAGGAAAUGAAUGUUCCAAUAUGAGCACUAGUAUGGAUUUUGAUAAGCUCUUGGAGUCUAGUUAGUUUUAUCCGAUAAGAAAUAUUGGCAAGGUGUUAGAGGAGUUCCUAAAUUUGGUUUUGAGUUGAUGCUCUUAUUGUUAUUUCUUUUAUAUUAGUUGUUUACCUCAAUAAAAUUGAAUUAAAAAAGCUGGUCACACCAGGUAA